UAGCUGACUGACAGCUACAGGAAGUGGGAGCAGAGGAAGAGGAGGAGGAGGAGGAGUCUGUUUGUUGACAUCGGGACGAAAGCGAAAAUCAGAUGAGUGAGAACUGAAAACAUUUUAAUUUCAUCCGUCAUCAGGACACGAAGCUCAGGUCGCCUGCACUGCCCGUCUUUAAUCUGAGCCAGGGAAGAAGGGGCGAACAUGGCAGCCAAAGCAGGAGACGACCCGGACAGCCUCAUGACUCUGGCUACAGUCUUCUGCCUCAGGAAUCUAAGGAAGACCAUGUGCUACCAAGGAUCCAGGAACAAGCUCUGCAUGCGCUCCGACAUCUUCCUACCGAGCGAAAUCUGCGACAAACUCGUCAACACGUACAUGGAGUUGGUCCACUCUGACAGUAGCUUUGAACCAGAGGAGAGCUUCUUCCAGCUCUUCUCAGACCCUCGGAGCACCAGAGUGAGCCGAGUGCAGCUGAGAGGAAACUUUGUACGGGACAGAGACCUGGAGGCCAUACGGAAACAGGACCUGAUUGAGCUCCACCUCCCCUACUGUGACAGCCUGUCGUCUCGCAGCCUAAUGACGCUCACCAGCUUCCGUGAGACGCUGGUGUCUCUUUGUCUGUUUCGCUGUAAAAACAUCUUCUACAGGAAGGGCGGUCCCACGCUCGCCUGUCCCGAAGACUCCGAGGAUGAGGACGAAGACGGCCGUGCCUCUCGGCAGAACUUGGAAACAGACUUUAGCUUCCACGGAUUUAACCGCCUCAGGCUGCUCAACCUGGGCAGCCUGCCCGCCGAUGUGAAAGUGGAGAACCUUCUCAAACCCCUGAAGUCCAUUACCUCUUUGGAUCUGUCAGAAGUACACUUACAGGGAACAGCUUUUCUCACUCAGUGGAGGGACAGACUGGCCUCUCUUGUUCUCUACAAUGUGGACCUAUCAGAGGAACUGGUUGGAACAGUGUUGGAGCUGGUUAACCUCAGACACCUAGAUAUAUCCAGAGAGAGCAGAAGGAAUACCAAGUUUAAAAUGACCAAGGAGGUCCUGACCGUCAUCGUUAAGCGUCUGGUCAAUCUGGUGUCCUUGGACAUCUCGGGUCACAUCAUGCUGGACAACUGCACAGUGCCCCACUUCGAGGAAGCUUUGGGCCGUCCCAGCACUGAACCCUGUAAAAGCAGCCUCUACCCGUUCCAGGAGCUGAAGAGGCCGCUGCAGUUUCUGGGACUCUAUGAUACCACACUGUGCAACGUGACUCACAUCCCUGCUUAUAAGGUAACCGGAUCAAAGAAUGAAGAGCAGGUUCUGAACGCCAUAGAAGCCUACACAGAGUUUCGUCCGGAGCUCGCCCACAGAGCCAUCAACCAGCUGUUUGACAUCGCCCGGAUACAACACUGCAGCCAGCUGCUGCGAGCCCUGCAGCUGGUGAUCGCCGCUCUGAAGUGCCAUAAAUACGAUAAGAGCAUCCAGGUGACGGGCAGCGCCGCUCUCUUCUACCUUACCAACACGGAGUACCGCAGCGACCAGAGCGUGCGGUUACGCCGGGAGGUCAUCCAGGUGGUUUUGAACGGGAUGGAGCAGUACCAGGAGGUCACUGUCCAGAGAAACUGCUGCUUGACUUUGUGUAACUUCAGUAUCCCAGAGGAGCUGGAGUUCCAGUACAGCCGGGUCAACCAGCUGCUGCUGAAGAUCCUGGAGCCGGCCCGGCAGGACGAGUCCAUCCAGAGGAUCGCCGUUCACCUCUGCAACGCUUUGGUCUGCCAGGUGGACAACCACCACAAGGAGGCUGUGGGGAAGAUGGGCUUCGUCAAGACCAUGCUGAAUCUAAUCCAGAAGAAGCUGCAGGACAGAACUUGUGACCAGGUGAUGGAGUUCUCCUGGAGCGCGCUCUGGAACAUCACAGACGAGACACCAGACAACUGUCAGAUGUUCCUGAACUGCCGUGGGAUGAGUCUCUUCCUGGAGUGUCUGGGGGAGUUUCCAGAUAAGCAGGAGCUUCACCGUAACAUGUUGGGACUUCUGGGAAAUGUUGCAGAGGUGAAAUCUUUGAGGCCACAGCUGCUGACGCCACAGUUCAUCACUGUCUUCAGUUACCUGCUGGAGAGCAAAGCCGAUGGGAUCGAGGUGUCCUACAACGCAUGCGGAGUCCUGUCACACAUCAUGUUCGACGGUCCUGAAGUUUGGGCGAUGGAGGAGCCGAAAAGAGACGCCGUGAUGGACAGAAUGUGGAAAGCAAUCCAGAGCUGGGAUGUCAGCUCGCGGCGAAACAUCAACUACAGGUCAUUUGAGCCGAUCCUCCGCCUCCUUCCUCAGGGUAUCGCGCCUGUCAGUCAGCACUGGGCCACGUGGGCUCUUUACAACCUGGUUUCGGUUUACCCGAGCAAAUAUUGUCCGCUGCUAAUAAAGGAAGGUGGAGUUAGCCUUCUGGAGAAAGUCCUUGAACUGGAAAGUUCAAAACCAGAGACCAAGGAGAUGGCCAGGAAAGUCAUGGAGCAUUGUGAGAAAUUCAAGGACGACCCGAUGGAGACGAAUAACGGCCAGGAUGUAAACUACGGACAGAGAGGCUGACGGCACAGGAACCGCGACUCCCAGUUAACACGUUUGAAGCUAACCGACCGGAGGAGCCUCCUGCCGUUCGUCACCGACGGGGUUAAUCGUUUGCUUUCUUUCAAAUUUUUCCUCUUGUUUGGUAGAGCAGAAGGUUUUCUGGACUAAACCUGAAUGUGUGACGCAUGACAGGAGCUGCCUUGUUUAGUUGGGAGGGGGCUGCACAUCUCUUCAGCUGGGUUGGGGGACUGUUCUCUCUGUGUGUGUGUGUGCGUGUGUGUGUGCGUGCGUGUGCGGAGGACUUAGCAACACAGAUAUACAGUUCUCAGAUGGGACUAAGACGUCCCUCCUCUGUUAACGCCUCUGAACUGUGGAUCCGGCUGCAGCGGCGCCGGCGGCCCGGCGGUGGACUCGAUUGUUAUAUAUGUAAAUAUUCAGCGUGGGUCUCAUCCUUUUACUGUGUGGAUGUUUUAUAAUAAGGCUGUAAACACUCACGAUUUCACUCCGUAUUUAAAUCAAACCGAUCUGCUGUCAGAGCCGAGGACCAGGACCCACUGAGGUUCUGGAUCUGACCCAGAUGGCAUCUCUGAUCUCUGCUUUUCUUCUUACGGCGGAGAUAAAAACGCCUAAAAUCCAAGUAUUCAGGAGUCAGGAACCCAAACGGACCAACAGAAACGACAGUGAAGGCAACAGAAGAAAGUUCUCAUCAUGUGUUUUUAAUUUUUGUAUCAGUUUCUCGACCCAUAAACAAAAUAAAAACUUCUGAACCGGAACCGUGAGUUCAACCAAUCAGGAGAAGCUUCCUCUGCUGCGUCUGCAGC